AUGACAUCAACAAUAGCACCUGUAACUAAAAAAGUAACACAGUAUUUUCACCCGGUGAUUGCGUUGAUCGGAUUGAAACUACCAGCAGAUCUAUCAAAGAAUCCAAGAAAAGUACAAUGGAGCGAUCAGAGACCACAGAUUCAUAACUUGAUGUUUGCGCUACACUAUCCACAGUCAGAUGUUUGCAAGCAGUUUGAGAAGCAUUUCAAUCUGUCGGCUACCGAUUUAAGCGAGUUGAAAGAGAAACUGAAACCACUACAGAUCAUUAGAAGAACUUUUGAAUAUGGAUCGACACAUCGUCGUGACUACUGGGCAUUCUACCAGACCAAAAUCAUACCAGGCACCCCAAAAACAGCGGCACUCUUUACAUUACGUGAAGAAAAAGUAGAUCAAAUGGUACAGAUAAUGCAAGAUUGGGUAAAAGAUAAGAAACUAGACAUACACAUUCCAUUCUCGAAACCAUAUCUCUGGACAUUCGAAGUGGAGCACGAUUCUCGUGUCAUAGAUAUUCCAGUAAGAGAUACACCUUUCUUUAGAUCAAGACCAAAACCAAGCGAAACAUCAUCAUCAUCAUUAUCAUCAUCAGGUGAAUCAAAUAAUAUUGAAUUAUAG